CCUAAGCCUUGGAUGAAAAUGCUUUUGCACAAAUAGCAUGAAUUUGCGAAAAUACCAGGGGGCAAGAAGCUUGUAGCCUUAUAGGAACUUGAAAGGCAAGUCAACAAUCAGUUCUUUUUCCGCAAAUUAUAUCGCAUAACGCCAUGUAGCAUCGGAAACAAUUUUCCAACAGAAAAAUACGUUUAUUUAUAUCCUUAGAGAAACAGGACACGUAUUGCUAUGUUCCUAACUCGGAACUCGUUCCCGCAAAAAUGCGAGAGGGGAAGAAGUUUCUUUUUAUCUGCUUGACGGCUGUUUAAUCAACGAACUACUGAAGAGAUUCGGUUUUCAACACAAACCUGGUGUUAAAUCUUACCUCAGUUGAUUGGUAUAAAGUUACUGUUAUCAAGGGUUGCUUGCCGCUUUAAAGGUCAACAGCAAAUAUACGCGUCAGCGGAAACCCAUCUGCUAACGCUUGGAGUAGGAGCGCUAGUUUGUUGAUUCACCAAUGUUUUUGUGACACUUAACGAAACUUUCACUUAAAUACAGUGUAGAGUUUUUAUUUUCCUAUCAAUUUGAUGUAAAAACAUCUUUUAUGUUUCGUGCGCGGUCGUCUGGAUAUUUUCCAAGGCUUUUUUCGCUCUCAAGGCGACCGGAAAUCCCCAGUUCAUUAAGACAGAUACCUGGACGCGAGUUUAGUAAAUGUCCUUUUUGAUCAAAAACUUAUGUUCAAAUCAUUUUGUCAUCACCAAGAAUUGUUAUCAAUUAUCUCAUGAGUUCAUCUCAAAUUCACAGACCUGCGCUGAGAGCUGCUCUAAAAGAGGAUAUCAAAGAUCACAGUGGCGGAUGCUUUCAAGGAACACAACUCAUACGUGUAGCCAGGCAUCAAAGAAACAAGAUUAAAUCAUUAAGCUGGCCUCUCUCGGAACGCGCUGAGCUUGCAAGCAGCUUGACAGAGACAGAAACUUGAAAACGUUCUUGCUGAGAACUGAUCGAGACAGAUCGUACUUGCUAACGAUUUAGCAGCAUGCAGAUCUCUAAAUCUAAAAGCUUUUUUCCUCUUAUUCUGGCACUUCUCGGGGCUGUAAGUGGUUUUCGCCGCGGUUCAAGUUCCUAUGGAAUAAGACCAAUCUCCCUCUAUGGUUAUAAUAACCCGCGUGCUCAAAGGUAAGAUCUAAAUUAUUUGCGGUGAGUUGAAAAUAGAUUUUGGUCAUUCAUUGUAGCAAGGUAAUUUUACGUUUGACAUGAGAGCAGGGAAAUCUCAGAGUUCUAAUGAUUACUUCUGCCUAUUUCAAAUGAAUUGUUCACUUUUUAAGAUCAACUUAUUGCAAGAAUUUGCGCCAAAGGGCGGACAGUUUUGAAGUCUUAAAAGAAUCCGAUUUCCUUGUUCACAGCAGAGUAAUUAGUCAGGAAGACAUCCGUAAGCAUGAAAUUUUAAACUUAGGUUUAUGAAACGAGUCGAGGUUUCUAACUAAAAAUUGAACUUUUUUUCGGCUUCAGCCAAUGCACGUAUAUUUGGAAAUUAAUUACGACUCCUCAGUCUUGAAUUUAAAAUUAAUUGCUCCGCGAUGUGCUGUGUUCAACCAAUUCUAUUAGAGUGCCCUCGUUUGUUAACCGGUAUGUUUAACAUCCGUUAAUUUUUUUUCAGUAAUUGCGGUUGAGGCCUUGACUCAAAUCUGUAUAGAGAGCACUAAAUUGUUCAAAGAUUUGGCAUGCUUUGAAUGUUUUAAUCGACCUUUGUAAUGUUUUAAUUUUCGUGACUAAAAUAAUCUGAUACUGUGCAGUUUACAUGAAUCAGGUCACGUAAAGGUACCAACCGGGUUCAUCAGUGGAAUUAAUUAGUUUAGCGUUUUGCACCCUGCAAUGCACAAGAUUCACGACUUGCAGUAGAUUAGGUUAUCUUCAAUGUGUUGAACGAGAUAAACAUCGGAAGGCUUUUUAAACAGACAGGCUAAAGGAAGCGCGAUUAUUAUUUACUUAGUUUAUCUUACAACACGACCACCAUAAAAGUGAAAAUAGGAUUCAGAUAGAUAGAGAAAAUUAAAGUAAAGUAAUGACCAAUCGCUGAACCCCUUGGGAUGAUUAGCAUGUAGUUUCUCCUUACACUAUUACUCCUGAAAAAAAUAUUAAAGUCAUGAGAAUAAAGUCAAAUUAUAUAAACUCAUGAUUGUCAAACAAAUUCUCCUUGCGUUCUGAUGUUAAGGUAUAAAGGGCUAAAACAUUUACACGAAGACGGUGGAACCAGUAUUCUAAUACUUAAAGCAGACUCCCUUUCUGAGAGGACAAACUGUAGUGAGCGGAAACAAGCUCCAAAUUUCCAAAGUUCCAAAUUUUCCCUUUAUAUCCACAGUAAAAUGAAUCUGUAUUCGGCGGCCGGAGACACCAACAUUUAGCGCUUUCUUUUUAUGGAUGUUUUUACCUUUUUUCUCAUUUCCAAAGGUUAAAAGUACAUUUUCUCUUUUUAAGUCUUUCAGUCUAAAAUGACCGGAUAAGCAAGUUUUCUGAUCACCUGCUUUCGAUGAACUACUUAAGCGCAAUUUGCUCAACUUCUAUUCACGUGCAGACUUAUUCCCAGCCUUCAACGGUACGCCGUGUAAACAUUCCGGUCUGUAGUGUCCCAGUAACUGUACAAGUUUGUAAAGCGAGUGGAACGAACGAAUAGAAACACGAUUUUGCAUAAACUAAAUUCUAAAUCUUCUUCCUCACUCUCUCAUAACAGCCAAACCGCUCACCAUCCAAACCGAUUGGUUCUGGACCCAUCCAACAAGCUACCGCUGUACAGGAAGACCGGGCAAAAAAGGCACCAAGGAAGGGCACCAAGCCCCCCAAAGCCCGGAAACCAAGGUGAUGACAGCAAAUCUUCUGGCGGGCAGUACUGUAUAUACCAGAAACCAAAACAGGUCUCUUGUAAUGUGGUGCACAUGAAACGAGUCACGAACAGAUAUAAGUACUACUGUGGCAGUCAGUCCCGGGACAAAGUAUGCACAGGUUACAGGUUAGUAUACACCACAGUGAAGCGUAUAUAGCGGAAGUUAGAUGGCCGACAUGACUUCAAAUUCCGAUCAAAACUCGGACCCGUUCGGAAGCGUUCGGCGGCUGGAGAAUCGAACGAGUCCAUGCGGCUUGGACUCGACCGAAGAGGGGUAGGAGAGGAGGGUAAUUGUUUUGUUUUACUCCCUCCCCGGACAGGUAUCUAGUGCUUCAGCAGCAAACUUCUGUAAUGAACAAGUGUCCCAUCCACUGAAAAGGAAUAAAAUUAUUUUGGGUAAUGCAGUAUUAUAAAAUAUGAACAGAAUCUGUUGCAUUUGCGGUUUUCAGGGUUUCGUAUCGUCCAGAGUACAAAGUAGAAGUAAGAACAGUUAUGACGUCAGUCAAAGAUUGUUGUCCCGGAUUUACAGGUUCAGAUUGUAGUCAAGGUUAGUAAGAGCACAUGCACACAUCGAUGUCCACGACAUGUCGUCGCUGAUCAAUUGCCGAACUGUCAAAGCAGAGAGUGAAUUGGCUAUGAAAAAAACUUUUAUUUAAGUGUAGUAUCUACUUAAGUAUAGAAUUAUCACAAAAUUUGGAAACAUUGCGAGCUAAAUUAAAUGCGAACGCUGGUCAAAUUCUAGAAUAAUGAUGAUAUACUGGAGUCGUGCAGUGAAAUAUUGUAGGAGAAAAUGGUAUAUUAUUUUGCCCUAAUGAAAUUUUUUAAAUUUCCAUGUAAAUUACUUUGUCAUUGUGUAUCUCCAGCUUUAGUUUAAAAUUGCUUUCACUUGCUGACAUUAACAGGAAACAUUUAUUGUCUAUCUUGUGAUUAGCGGCAGCUGUGCUAAGUUAAAAUCCCUUUAUUUAUCGAGAGCGAAUACAGAAUAAACGCGAUAAUGAAGAUGAAGCAAAGUCAAAAAUUUCUUGGAUUCUCCAACAAUAAAUAAGCGGAUUUAUCGAUGAGCUGAAGUACGCUAUUGUUUUAGUGCAGUUUUUAACACGAAGAUAUGUUUGUUCAUCGUUAAAAAAGCCAGAAAUGGCUUCUAACACAAAGUGAGGUAGAUAGCAUAGUAGGAGAAACCCGCAAACAUAAGCCAUGGUAAUGGCGGAUUUCUUGUAGUGUGGCAUGUGAAUUGCGUUUAACACGCUUCUUACGCGGGUAUGAGAACUACAGAAUCGUAACCCCACAUAAAUAUUGACGUAGGAAGCAAUAGGUACAAUUAAACACAGGCUCACUACAACAGUUUGGAAAACUCGAGCGGAAUUCUUCUCCCAUACGCCCAGUCCAACCCAAGCGCAGGCGAUCAACCAGCAACAUAUAACAGCAAGAAUUGUCUUCUUUAAGGUCACAAGACUACGAUAUUUCCCGCGCAAACGAUACGCCAUGUAUCUGUCAAUAGAAAUAACACUCACUAAUAAAAGAGAAACGGCUGCCAGCGCAUCUCCGAAGAGCGUAUCAAAUAUUGCCAUUAUGCAGACCGGCUUGUAAUAGUCUUGUCUGUACCCAAUGAUCUUAAACGCUGCAAAAAGAGGCUGAGAAAAAAGACCGACGCCAAGAUCUGUCAUGGCCAAGCUGAAUAGAAGAGCUUUGGACGGAGCGUGAAUGGUACGACAUUUUUUCAAACCCAGUAGGAUAAGUAAAUUUCCAACAGAAGCUGUUAACGACAAAAAAGUGUUGAUAACUGAAAGAGCGAUGACGAACGAAAGCGGAUUAUCCUCGAUCAGUAAUUUUUCAGUCUGUGUGUCGCAUAUCUCUUUAUACAGAGUCAUAGCGUAGACUUUCAGUUCAAUAUGGAAAUUGAAGUUCAAAAUAACAUGUCACAUGACCAUUAUGCGAAUUUUUGCAACAAUGCCAUUUCCUCACAGCACUAAAUUUUCUCGAAGCUUGAGGUGUAUCGCAAUCAAAUGGUAAACUACCUUCUUUACCUUAAUUUAAACUGGCCAAUAUGGUGACGUUAAUAGGAGUUCAAGCCUGGAUGAUAAUUGCAAUUCCUCCCCUGGUCGGCAUGGAAUUUAUUUCAGUGUUAAUGAAAUUCAACAUUUUAACAAAUAAAUUUCGUGCGAAAAAAAACAAUCGAGUGUAGAUAGAUAAUAACUUUGCGAUCAAUUUUUCUGUGGCUCGUUCAAAUCUUUUGCGUGGUUUAAAAAUCUAUCACUUCCGCAACGCCCUCUUUCAAGGUGUCUUUUUUCCUACGAGAAAACGCUCGAAUUUUUCCUUUUUAUAAUUGAAAGACAUGCAUUAUUUGAUCAAUGCGCGGCCUCUAACUGAGAGAUAUUUCACAAUUUCAAAACGGAACAAUUAGAUCUCAGAAUUAUUCAUUAUUGUCUCCAUAGUCCACACACAGGCUUUUCUAAGAUGUCUCAAAUAAAAGAAUAGUAAAAAAUUUCACGCUAUUUCAUUGUUGCACUAUUUUUAAGGCAAUUCUUCAAAAGAGACCGAUAGAAAAGUAAAUAACUGGGAAAUUUUCACCGCGUUCACGUAAUGAAAAUUCACCUGACAAGUAAGAGAUCUGCUAAGGGGACAUUGAAACUUCAUAAUACGUUGUGUUCAGUCGCGUUCUGUCCAUAUUUGUGUGGGCUGGGAACGGAAAAGGAUUUUUAAAUAUGCCAUUAAUUUAACACAUAUACACCGUUUUUCCAUUUUGUUUGAAAGGUUACUGCUGAUUCCAUUAAAUACUUAGCACAUGCUGAUGUUAAUUGUGAUUUUUGCUCAAUUCCACAGCCUGUUUUAACUGUACCAAGUUCCUUUUGUGGGAAAGCCGUUUGUCUGCACUGGAAAAGGUUAGUGCAUUACUUCAUUGUAAUUAACCAUGAUGACAGCUGUCUCGCAAACCAAACAACUCUCUGAGUGUCAGGAUCACAUAAAAAGUUUCAAGAGUUUACUUUAAAAAAAGAAAAUUAGCAUGAAGGUCUGGUUUUUCUCCUUCGUUUAAUAGUUUUCUGUUUGCUUUCAAAAAAUAAUUCUUAACUGAUGACUUUUUUUUCAUUUAAGAGAGCUGGGACGUCUGCAGCAGCCACCAUAUCCGAUGAAGAUGUCACCUUCAGGGGUAACACGGGACUACCGGGCCCCCCCGGCCCUCCGGGUCCCCCAGGACCACCGGGUGAGAGAGGAGAACCAGGACAUGGAGGUUCUAGAGAUGUAAGAGGUACGAAGAAAUCAUAGCUCAAAAUCCUUUACUGUUGAAAAAAUGGAUUCAUUUACAAUAAUUGAUUAUUUGUUUUGUAAUUAUCUGUAGGAUCCUCUCUAGGGCCUCAGGGUCCAAAAGGACAAAAGGGGGACUCGGGGCCACCAGGUCCGGCCAUGGUGGUGACAGGAGAUCCGGGUCCUCCGGGAUCACCGGGAAUACGAGGCCCUUCGGGUCCACAAGGAAGAAAGGGAGAGCCAGGGUUGUCCGUACAAGGACCGGUAGGAUUACGUGGACCUCCUGGACCCCCAGGGGAACCCGGGCAACCGGGCAUUAGCACCUCGGUAAGUAGGAUGAAUAAAGGAAUGCAAGACAUGCAGAGCAAUUUACUGAGAAACACCUUGUUUUUAUCAGCCAGAAGAUUUGUCUAAACUGAGAGAACAAAUAAAACAGCUGUCCGCCAUAGUCAAAGACCUGGACGAAAAAGGUAAGUAGUCCAUAAUUAUAUCGGGGGUUCUACGGUUUGCAUCUCAGUAAUACAAAAAAUACAAAAUACACGUGCGCCUGAUUAAACACUUCACAAAACCAGGAGCCCAUUGAUGGGUUCCUGACAAAACUGAGUGUCGGUUAUUGAGUUAUGUGAAGCGUUAAGUCUGGAGUACCAUAUCCAACCACAUUCAACGUGAAAAUGUGCUUAUCUGAGAAGUUUCGAUGUCGACUUUCACAUCAGGUGACAUUGUCCUCUUCCUUACUUUGCUUGUUAAAUCUCCUCUUCGUUUUCCAGCGUUUCCGUGGCUGCGUAUUGUAGGCAUUAACAGUCACGCUUCUCGUUUCCAUUUUCAGUUUCCAGAUGCAAGUGUUCUUCGGGCACAGGCCGCCAGAGUGUGAACGAGAAAGAUGAUGUUGUAGUGUCCACAGAACCAGGCACCACUUUACCUUUGUUCGCAACUCCAGCUCGUUAAAAGAAUCUUUCCUUCGUUCAACUACUUCUUUCGCAUUCCCUCAAAUUAUUGGAAAAUAAUUUCGUCUGCUAUCCCAAAGUUAACUUAUCUCUCAAUUUAAUUUAACCAAAUAGUAGCCGCUAUAAACCCCACCUCAAAAUUUUUGGGUAUUUUAACUUGUUGUAUUCGCCACUCGUGUAACCUAUACAGGACAUACAGCGUUCCCUUCGUUAUUUUACUUUUCACGAGCGUUCAAGGAGGAUUGAUGUCACGAAGACAAUUACCCGAGUUCCUCCAAAUCAAGUUCUACCGAAAAGUGGAAUUAAAGUAUAAAAUAUAUGCUAAACCAUUUUAUAUCAAAGAAUACAUUUCGCUGACUGUUUGAAACAUAGGUGCUUUAAAAUAGAAACAUAAUAUUUUUUAGUUCCAUAUCAUUGUUUGAGUGAUGACGAACAACAAGCAUAAAUUUACCAGCGAUGACACUUCUUCCACCCC